CAAUUCGGAAACUUGAGAUGGACUCACCGCCGUCGACGUCGCACCAAUUCAAAGCCGCGGGCCAGCGCAAGAAACUCCCGGGAAGCGGUGGUAUGGGUAGCUUCCAGAUGGAAGGAGAAGCGGACGACAUGGACGUUCACCAAGGAUCUCUCCCCGUGACCCGCCCGGACUUUUUGGUGCACACGACGUUCUUCAACAACUUCCAGGACGACUUUGAUGAUGACGACUUGAUGUAAUGCUUGGCUACGUGGCUUUUAAUUACCAAUGUAGCUGUAAAAGCUUGAGUGGAUCGCUCGGCGUCGCGUCUUCA